UAUUUCCUACAGAUCUUGAAAGAUACAUCUCUCAGCAACAAGGAGAUGCAUAGCAGUCUUAGCAAGAAAGCUCAACAGCUACACACAUAUAUGAAAUUAUGGCCCUUUAUAGUUUGGUGUUUCGUGAAGUGCUCCUAUCGUUUUAUCAUCUCCCACAGUGAUCCAUUCCUGAUUCAGUUAUUUUACUUCACCUCUAUCUCCUCCGCAGGUUUUCUAGCUUUGAAGAUUCUCGAGCCAAAAAAUGAAUUGAACAGGUUCAAGAACUUGGAUUUUUUUACCUCCAUUUCAGCAUCGACUGUUUCAAGCAUGGGGACUGUUGAAAUGGAGGUUUUCUCAGACCCCCAGCUUUGGGUAUUAAUUCUUUUGAUGUUUGUUGGUGGGGAGGUUUUCACAUCAAUGCUAGGUCUUCAAUUCAUGAAGGCCAGGUUCAAUAGAGAGGGGCCAACCCAGAAAAGAGCUGAGUCACUCAGCACAGACCUUGAGUCCCCUACUUGCACCAACCUUGGUGAUGCAAGCCAGCUCAAGUGCACUAGAUUGGUUGACACUUCGUCCAAAAUGCACUUGACAGAAGGAGAGCAUCUAAAGCACGACGUGAUCAAAUACCUGGGCUAUGUUGUGCUGUGUUAUCUUAUAGCUGCGACUUUGUCUGGCUCUUCAUUUAUCUCGGUAUAUCUAAGCUUUGUCUCAGGUGCUAGGGAUGUUUUGGAGGGCAAAGGCAUUAAGAUUUCAACUUUCUCCAUUUUCACAGCUGUCUCUUCAUUUGGGAACUGUGGAUUUAUUCCAGCAAAUGAAAAUAUGAUGAUCUUUAAGAAGAAUUCCAUUCUUUUACUACUGAUUAUUCCUCAGAUUCUGGCUGGGAAUACACUAUUUCCUGUGUUCCUAAGAUUCAUGAUAUGGGUCUUAAAGAAGCUUACUAAAAGAGAAGAAUUCAACUAUAUGCUCCAGCAUCCAAGGGCCACCAGAUAUAAACAUUUGUUGCCUCCAAAGCAUUCUGGUUACCUGGCUUUCACAGUUUUUGGGUUUAUUCUGGUUCAGAUGGUAUUGUUUUGCUCUUUAGAGUGGAAUUCCGAAGCCUUGAAGGGGCUAACCUCUUUUCAGAAAGUAGUAGGUGCUUUGUUUCAAUCGGUAAAUUCAAGACAUGCUGGGGAAUCCAUCAUUGAUCUCUCCACACUAUCCCAUGCAAUCCUGGUGCUAUAUGUGGUCAUGAUGUACCUUCCUCCAUAUACUUCAUUUCUUCCUAUUAAAGAUGAUGAGCGGCCUUCAGUAGAUGAAAAGGAAGGAAAUGAAAGAAGAAACCUUCUGAAGAGUCUGAUUUUCUCUCAGCUUUCUUAUCUUGUCAUCUUCGUCACUCUCAUCUGCAUUACCGAAAGGAAAGCAAUGAUAGAAGAUCCACUAAACUUUAAUGUCUUCAACAUAGUCUUUGAAGUGAUCAGCGCAUAUGGAAAUGUUGGGUUCUCGAUUGGCUACAGCUGCCAGCGGCUGCUAAAACCUGAUAGAUCCUGCAAGGAUGCAUGGUAUGGGUUUGUGGGAAGAUGGAGCAACCAAGGAAAGCUGAUCCUCAUCUUGGUCAUGCUGUUUGGAAGGCUUAAAAACUUCAAUAUGGAAGGAGGAAAAGCCUGGAAACUUGGCUAGCAAACCAUGCCAAGUUCAAGCAUCCUACUGAAAGUGCCUAUAUUAUAUAUCCACUCUAUUGGUAGGAAUGUAGUAAUGUAGCCAAGAAGACCAGCUACCACAAAGACGAGUUACGAAUUCCUGGCACAAAUAAUGCAAUCCAUAACAGAAGAUAAACACUGUUGAUACAUACUGCACUAUGAUUGCCGAUUAUAGGAAUGAUCAGUGAGUAAGA